UUACAGACAUGGCAGGAUGCAGGAUUAACGUUUGGAAAAAUGAUCUUAUUGUGCUUUGCUGCUGCAGUAUAUCGUAACAGACAAGUAAGAAUCACACUUAACUGCAACUGAAGGUCGAGUCCUGUCAUCAUUUUUUCAGAAGAGCCUGUAACUUUUGCUCUGUGACAUAUGUUAAAGGACGGCAACCCACAUCUACAGACAAGGGACUGUCAGCAUGCUGGAAAGUGGCUUUGUUAAGGGAGGACAAAGCCAGGGAAUGGUGGACGGUGGGAAACUGGCAGAAAGACGGAGAUGGUUUAGUCGGUCACGGCGCCACUGCCUCUUCGUCAUUCUGGUGUUGGGAGCAGCUUUUUUUUUUUACAACACAAACCUGAAGGACAUGGCACCCGACUGGGACCCAAAAUGGGGGAUGCAAUACAAUGCAAUAAAAUGGUGGAUUCCAUUUAAAAGUCAGAGUCAAAAUGUAGUCUCUCCCAACACGUCUGAUUCCAGCGGCAGCACUCCUGGAUCUGCAUCUGGACCGACCACUGCUGCUGGCUUUACAACUGAGACCAGCUCAUCUGUAUUUCCUCAUACUUGGAAUAUCACAUUAAUAAAUGCGACAGACACGAAUACUACGCCACAUCAGACUACAAAUGCUUCAGUGGUGACGCAGAAGAAGACACAAAACACACCUGUGCCAGUUCCUUAUGUAUCUCCGGGACCGUACUUAGUGGAAUACCCCUAUGAGUACCGCUUCAUUAUAAAUGAGCCAAAGAAAUGUGAGCAGCAGCAGCCUUUCCUGGUUCUGAUAGUUCCUGUGGCGGCCCACAACAGGGCCCAUCGUGACAUCAUCCGCAGCACCUGGGGAGGUGAAAGCCUGGUCCUGGACAAAGUGGUGACGCUGUUCUUCCUGCUGGGGCUGCACACUGGAGAGGGAGCAGAGCAGCUCCAAGAGCAGCUGCUGCAGGAGAGCAAAGAGCAUCAAGACCUGAUCCAGAGCGACUUCCUGGACUGCUACAAGAACCUGACCAUCAAGACCAUGGUGAUGCUGGAGUGGCUGGACGCCCACUGCUCCAGCGCCUCUUAUGUCAUGAAGAUUGAUUCAGACAUGUUUCUAAAUGUGCCCAAUCUCAUCAACAUGUUGUCAAAUGCUCCAAAGACUAACUACAUGAGCGGACUUGUGAUGAGAGGUGUAGUCCAGAGAGAUCCAGGUUCUAAGUGGUACGUACCUGAGGAGAUUUACCCUCAGUCACAGUACCCACGUUAUGCUUUGGGUCUGGGCUACGUUUUGUCUCUGGACCUCCCUAAAAAGCUAGUGGAGGCAUCCAGACAUAUUAAAGCUCUUUACAUUGAAGAUGUGUAUUUGGGGUUAUGUAUGCAACACUUGAAUAUCGCUCCCACCGACCCCCCAAACUGGAGAGAUUUUAAUGUCUUUCCUGUAGCGUACAGUCGCUGUGCUUACUCCAGGCUAAUAGCCACCACUACAAAUGAAUACACUGAUCGUGUGUGGACUUGGAAAGACUUUAAAAAACCAGGGUCAUACUGCUGAUCUGUAAAAAAAGAUAUGAUAGCUGAAGAAGGACGUAAGAGUAAUAUAUUGAUAACCAUGACAGAAUUUUCUCAGUUCCUGUUACCAAAGUGAUUCUAUUUUUUUGUGGUUUACAUCUUAUAUAUUAAAAAACUUUCCUCAAAGGUAAAUCCUACGUUUACCAUGACAGAAAAUGUUAUACUUAUGGUGAGCUAAAGUUUCUCAACCCUGGGGUCGGAUGUACAACAUAAGACUCUCUACUUCCAGGGUUUAUGAACACUUUGGGAGCAACUAGAAAUUCAGUCACCCCGGGCCAUGAAAGGUUGAGAAACUCGAGUCACUGCGCCGCCCUCUCUGUCCUCAACUGCAGGGUUGGUGAACAUACAUAUAUGAAGGAAACAAACAUCCUAGAACUUUAAGUGUGUUUGCUGAACUGCGGUGUUACAGAGAAGGAUUUGAAUGUAUUAAAAGUGUUGUAACAAUCUGAUGUUUUUCAUAAUAAGAGAUUAAAAAGCUGUGAAGUAAAAGAAGAGAUCUCAUAGUUAAUAAUUGGCCAUGGUGGACGAGCCAGUUUGCUUUAAAGAAAUGAAACCUGAAGUGUGUUUGCCAUGUAGCUGUCACGCUCAAAGAGAUGGGACUAAUAUGUUACAACCUGAAACAAAUACUGUAACUUGAACUACAAUGGGGCCUUUAUCCCUACAGGUUUUUACCCCUACAACUUCUUUUUGGGACUGAUCGUGACACUGAUCAUCACUCUUGUGUAUAAGAUGUGUUGAGACACGUCACAGCACUUAGGUAAAAUGUGCAUUGUUGCUCUGCAUGACGAGUAGGACUGGAGACAAUGGUGAGAAGUAUUUUGCCAUGAUUAGAUUAGAUAAGAUUAAACUUUCUUGUCAUUCCACAUGUACAAGUACAAGGCAACAAAAUGCAGUUCAGGUCCAACCAGAAGUGCAAUAAGCAAGUGCAGCAUAUAAAGUGUGUGCAUAAAUGCAGGAUAGAGCAGAAUAAUGAAAAUAUUUUACAA